GUUAUGAUGAUGGCUGCUGGUGCCUUCCUGGUCGUGGAUCAAGAGUUCAAGGAUUACCGGGAUGCCGCGGCAGCUGCAAACCGCAGGGCAGGGCGCGACCUGAGCCAAGGUUUCGGUAUUCUGCUGCUGGUGGCGACGAUCCAGCGUCUGCUGCACAAAGAGCCUCCUGCGCCACCGGGAAAGGCGCAGCUGAAAGCGAUUUGGAAGGUUCAAGUUGGUGUACAGCUGCUCUUCGCUGGGAUGUCUAUGUACUUCUCUGGCAAGAUCUCCGGGAGAGCGGGUCUCUACUCAUGUGUUGUUCUCUCAUUGAUCCUGGUGGCCAUCAACUUUCUGGAUGAGUUCGAGGAGCUGCGGGAGUAUCGCAGUAACUGGAAAGUG